GAUUGGUAAAGUUUCCUGCUGGCAAAAAAAGCACAAGUUGUUUGGGCUUUUUUGCCUUUGUUUUGUGGGAGAUGACAAUGUGGCUGCUUGGAGGUGGCUCUAGAAAAUGUCAUUUCACUAUUGGGUGCUCUUCAAAGGAUGGAGGAUGAUGGCGUUGAUCUCUGCCUUGUUACAACUUCUUGUGGGGGCACAAAGAGAAGGAGGCCUUGUGUCAUCUUCUGAAUUAGUGUCCCUGAGAUUUCCAUGGGCUGAAUUUGAGAACUGGAGGGAGAUCCCAUCUGCCUCAUCAUCUCCUUCGUUCUCAUGUGUAAGAGCAGCGGUUGGUUGCUCAAAUGGACCGCGGUUCAAAGUGGCAAUUAUUAUUGUUAUUAUUAACGUUCUUGUAAUAGCUCUUGGCAAGAGAGUGGGAGUGUGAGCAUCUUGGCACUGGAGAGCAGGGAGGGCCAGGGGCUGAGAUGAAAGGGAACGAGUAGGGCUGAGCCUUCAUGGCCAACAGGACAUGCUGUGCCUUCUGCGGUUGGCUGAUCAAAGGGAGCUCUGGACAUAAGAACUGCAGCAUGCUGAUAGAAGCUUGUGACUCCUUGCAAACUGUUGCCUGCAAAGUGGCGAGAUUGCAUCUGGUUAACUAAUGAUGAGUGACUUGCUCAUCUGUGUGGGAGUGUUUUGACCUCCCAUUGGGCUCACAGAGCCCAACCUCCUGGCUGUGCUACCCUGCAGGCUCAGCUUCUAUGUGUCCAUUUUGGCACUUGCUCUAACGUUAUUGACCACAUUCCUGGGGCUGCAGUAUGUACUGCAGUAUACUUAGGAUAAUGAGCUGAUAAACAGAAUGGUGUUUGGCCAGGAUGAGACACGAGUGUUUGAUAGUAACUGAGGUAGUUGCAUUUAUUGGACUUCAGGCUUGUGAAGCAUACAAAGACCUAUACAUGGAAACAUUUAUGUAUUCUUAGAAUCAUUUCCUGUCAGGGCAGCUGAAACGAGCAUGGUCUUGAUCAUAAGACAGUCAGGAGGAAUUUGGUAUUCCUGACGUGAUAAUCAUGCAAUGCUGAGUGACGAUAACUCUGUAAAGCUGAAAAGUGAUUGUUUGCCUCCUGUGCAAUGGUGUAAGGAAGCUGCACAUGAAGAUGAAAAGACCAAUCUGGUUUUUAAAAGGUACUCGCAAACUUCUUGCACUGUUUGUGAUCGGAGGGUGCUUCCUUUAUAUUCUCAAAUUACAUUUUUACCCUGAAGAAUGUGACAGAACAAAAACACCGUAUGUGGACUUUGAUCGCGUAAAGAGAGCACAACAAUAUGCCAAUGCUGUGCUGCAGGAACAGUGCCGACCUUCGUAUGUGAAAACAGCAAUGGGAAAGUUAUUUGCAGAGAAAUACAGCAUGGACAUACCUCCCUUUGUAGGAAAAAAUAUAGACGAUGAUGAAGCUUUAUUUAAAUACGGACCUCCCUUUGGAUUCCACAGGUUCUUUCAUAAGCUUAAAAAUCUUCUGGAACUCUUACCAGAGCAUGAUUUGCCAGAGGAUUUGAAGUCAAAACACUGUAAGCGUUGUGUUGUUAUUGGCAGCGGUGGAAUUCUGUAUGGAUCAGAGCUAGGUCACUUACUGAAUCAGUAUGAUAUUGUUAUAAGGUUAAAUGAUGCACCAGUUCAAGGAUACACAGAUCACGUUGGUAACAAAACUACUAUAAGGAUGACAUACCCAGAAGGAGCUCCACUUUCUGAGCAUGAGUAUCCCCCUUCUAGUUUGUUCGUGGCUGUCCUCUUUAAAAGUGUCGAUUUCAAUUGGCUUCAAGCAAUGGUCAAAAAUGAAACGCUGUCUCUGUGGAUACGACUUUUCUUUUGGAAGGAAGUCGCCAAGAAAAUUCCUUUUACAUCAAAGCAAUUUCGGAUUCUCAAUCCAGUAAUUGUUAAAGAGACAGCCCUGGACAUCCUGGAAUUCCCCAAACCUCGAUCAAUAUUCUGGGGUUGGGAUAAGAAUGUACCCACCAUUGGGGUCAUGGCAGUGGUUCUGGCCACACACCUAUGUGAUGAAGUAAGCAUAGCAGGAUUUGGAUAUGACCUCGACCAGCCCAGCACACCUUUGCACUAUUACAACAACCUCUGCAUGGCUGCCAUGAACAGACAAACGAUGCACAAUGUGACAGGUGAAACAAAAUUACUGCAAAAACUGGUCAAAGAAAAAGUUAUAAAAGACCUCACUGGUGGAAUACAUUGUGAAUUCUGCAACAAAGACAGCUAGUGACUGAAGUGCAGCAUGGUCUGAAUUUGUUAAAUUCCUGGAAGUUUUGUUGGAACAACCUUUAAAGCGUAUAUAAAAUGGACUUGGAAUCUCUGCUGUCUUUUUUUUUUUUAUAAUGUCAAGUUCAAUUUGUUGGACUUUUAAAUUUAUUUUCAUAUCCCAUUUUUACUUUGCACGUUUUUGUGGACAACUGUAAAUACAGCUCGACGUUUAAAGAGAUCCAUUGGAGAUACUGAAUGUUUUAAGUUGUCAGAAGAAAAGCAGAGAUUUUGUUUUCGUAUGUAUAUGAUGCGCACAAUGCUAGCCUGAAUUGUCUGACAGCAUAGAAGAUUUAUUUCCCAUUGAACUACUGUCUUUGUGGAUCCAGUUCAUGGUGUAUGACUCCUUUUCAUGCAUGCCGUGAAAAGAAAGGCGUAUGUAUCUCAAGUCGCGCUUCUCACAACUCAACCAUUGUGUUUCUCCCUCGAAUAUUUAUAUUAUUUUGUUUCUGCACUAUUAUCUUUUUGGAGGAGGAAUGUGGGAGUGGAGUUGAAGGGAAAGGAGCUGUUGUGGCAAGAACUGAUGAGUCUUUACUCCAGUGUCUAUGCUUGAUGUUGGUGGUUGGAAUCCUUGGUGCUGUCAUGCUUGGGAUUAGAACCCUUCUUUUUCGUGAGGCACCUUUGGACCUCAAGGCAUGCUACAGCAUGGUGUAACUCAUAGGAGGCUGUCACCUGAGCCCAGUCCUUCCUUCAGGCCAUUCCUGCAGACCCAGAUGAAUGUUUCUAAACAGCUGAUUUGCAGUAGAGUUCAGCUACUCCAGGUAAAGAAGUGGCAUUAAUACAGAGUCUGGCCUCUUCAUUUCUAGAGUGACUUGAGAAGCUCUCAGUCUGUGACACAUUGGUUUGUCUAAACCUUCGAUUUAGCAAUAAUAGAAUCUGUGACUAGGCUGAAAUUUAUCUUGGUUUACUUUACGAUCCUUCAGCAAUUAAUUAUGGCUAUUGUUACGUUCAGGGUUAUCGUCAGUGUGAGCUAUUACAAACUGUAGUGUUGACUGUUCAGAUUGAAGAGAGAGGUUGGGAUUAUCCUGGAUAAGCUUUUAAGUCAGCAGCUGGCUGAGUGCGUGUACGAAAACCACAAAAUCAUACUGAGAAA